AUGGAGGCAUCACGAGGACCCCCGCGGGUCAAGAACAAGGCCGCGGCGGCUGUCCAGAUAUCUGCUGAACAGCUGUUAAGAGAGGCCGUCGACCGUCAAGAUGAGAAGCUCAAGGCGCCCACCCAGCGAUUCGCUGACAUCGAAGAGCUGCACGAGUUCCAGGGACGCAAGAGAAAGGAGUUUGAGGACUAUGUGCGGCGUAAUCGGAUCAACAUGAACAACUGGAUGCGCUAUGCCUCGUGGGAACUGGAGCAGAAGGAGUUCAGGCGCGCCCGAUCAAUCUUUGAGCGAGCUCUCGAUGUCGACUCAACCUCAGUUCCCCUGUGGCUGAGAUACAUUGAGAGCGAGAUGAAGCAUCGCAACGUCCAGCAUGCCCGUAACCUCCUCGAUCGCGCUGUUACCAUCCUCCCGCGAGUGGAUAAGCUAUGGUACAAGUAUGUCUAUAUGGAGGAGACACUUGGUAACAUUGAUGGCGCCCGAUCAGUCUUCGAACGAUGGAUGCAGUGGGAGCCUGAGGAGGCGGCAUGGAGCUCGUACAUCAAGCUGGAGAAGAGACACGGCGAAUUCGAGAGAUGUCGAGCUAUCUUCGAACGAUUCACGGUGGUACAUCCCGAGCCUAAGAAUUGGAUCAAAUGGGCGAAAUUCGAGGAAGAGAAUGGCACCAGCGACCUCGUACGCGACGUCUACGGCACUGCCGUCACCACACUGGGAGAUGAGUUCAUGGACGAGAAGCUCUUCAUGGCAUACGCAAAAUUCGAGGCAAGACUGAAAGAGCUGGAACGAGCCCGAGCCAUCUACAAAUUCGCCCUGGAUCGUAUGCCGCGAUCCAAGUCAGUCAACCUACACAAAGCCUUCACAACCUUCGAGAAGCAAUACGGAGACCGGGACGGUAUCGAGGAUGUCAUCUUGUCUAAACGACGGGUACACUACGAGGAACAGAUCAAGGAAAACCCCAAGAACUACGAUAGUUGGAUCGAUUUCGCCCGACUAGAAGAGACGUCUGGCAACCCCGACCGAGUCAGAGACAUAUAUGAGCGAGCGAUUGCCCAGAUCCCACCCACACAGGAGAAGCGCCACUGGAGACGGUACAUCUACCUGUGGCUUUUCUACGCAGUUUGGGAGGAGACAGUUUCGCACGACAUUGAGCGUACCCGCCAGAUAUACCAAGAAUGCAUACGCCUGCUACCACACAAACGCUUCACAUUCGGCAAAGUAUGGUUGGCUUUUGCUCACUUCCUGGUGCGACAAGGUGAGCUCACUGCUGCACGUAAGCUGCUAGGUCAGAGUCUAGGCAUGUGUCCAAAGGACAAGUUGUUCAAGGGAUACAUUGAGCUAGAGAUGAAGCUCUUUGAGUUCAACCGCUGUCGACAGCUGUACACCAAGUACAUCGAGUGGAAUGGCUCAAACUGCCACACCUGGAUCAACUUCGCCAACCUAGAGCGCGGUCUCGAUGACCUCGACCGCGCACGAGCCAUCUUCGAAUUGGCUGUCGACGAACCGCAGAUGGACAUGCCGGAAGUUCUCUGGAAAGCAUACAUCGACUUCGAAGAGGGCGAAGGCGGGUACGACCGCACACGCGCACUAUACGAACGUCUCCUCCAAAAAACAGACCACGUCAAAGUUUGGCUCUCCUACGCGCAAUUCGAACUCGGCGUGCCCGACGAAUCCACCCCAGAAGACGACGACACAAUCAGCGAGAUUGCCAAAUCCCGCGCCCGCGAAAUCUUCACACGCGCGCAUACCCGACUCAAGGAACGCGACCUCAAAGAAGACCGUGUGGCGCUCCUCUCUGCAUGGAAGACUUUCGAAGACGUGCAUGGAAGCGCAGAUGAUAAGAGCAAGAUUGAGGGACAGAUGCCAAGGAAAGUCAAGAAGAGGAGGAAGUUGGACGACGACAGCUUCGAGGAGUACGUCGAUUAUGUCUUCCCAGCCGACGACGAGAGUGCGGCGAAACUUGCGAAACUUAUGGCGAAUGCGCAAAGGUGGAAGAUGGCGCAGGCGGCGCAAGCUGCGGGGGGAGAGAACGGGGAUGGGAAUGGGGAGUGA